GAACAACAUGUCCCAUACUUUCAACCAAUAUAGAGUUGAAACCCCCCAAAUUGUAAAAUGCAUUUCCAGCAAAAUGACAUUCGUAAACCCGCAUCCAUAUCAUAUCAUAUCAUAUCUUCUCGUAACGUUCGGCUCUCAAGCUACAGUGCACUAAACGCACCCACCCACCCCACAGCCACAUCUCGACCACCGUAAUAUCCGGACCUCCCAUAACCUCACCUCAUCUCACAACCAUCGCCCUCCCUUUCAAAAGCUGCAAGCCAAACACACAAUGGUUCUCUCCUUCGUCCUGAUACAAAACCGCCAAGGUAAAACCCGACUCGCGAAAUGGUACGCUCCCUACAACGAUGAAGAGAAGAUCAAGCUCAAGGGCGAAGUGCAUCGACUCGUAGCCCCGCGCGAUCAAAAAUACCAAUCGAAUUUCGUCGAGUUUCGCAAUAAUAAAAUUGUCUAUCGUCGCUAUGCGGGUCUCUUCUUCUGCGCGUGCGUCGAUGCGAAUGAUAAUGAGUUGGCGUAUCUAGAGGCGAUACAUUUUUUUGUCGAGGUGCUGGAUAGCUUUUUCGGGAAUGUGUGUGAAUUGGAUUUGGUGUUUAAUUUUUAUAAGGUGUACGCCAUAUUAGAUGAAGUAUUUUUGGCUGGAGAAAUUGAGGAGACGAGUAAACAAGUUGUUUUGACGAGGUUGGAGCAUCUGGAUAAAUUGGAAUGAUUGUGGAAACAUAAGAGGCUGGUCUACUAAAAUUGGUCAACAGUAAUGGCAGUAAGCAGCUCGUAGCAGUCGAUACCAAAGGGAAAGUUAGGAGUUUAGGAGUUUAACUGCAGGCAUAAAACUGGCGCAAGGCGAAUUUACAGUCAAAACCUAGAUUUGUCACGCGAGCGGCACCAUUAUUGAGGUACUCUGAUUCAUAUGUUUCUCUCCUUGCACAAAUAGCAAGCUAAAAUGCUCUUCUCUUGUCACCUAUCACUCAGUGUACCAUACCUCCCAACCUUCAACUCUCAUACAACAGCAACUUCAAAAAGCUACUUUAGAAGCAAAAUAAUUGUCAAAGUCUGUGUA